ACCCUCGCUCCUUUUCGACUUAAUCAUGUCCUCCCUUUGCGCCGCCUAACAGUAGCCAAUCUUCGGCAUGGAUAUCGGAGGAUUGACCACAGUGGUAGCGAACUCUGCCUACAUCAAUGCUCGAGGAAGCAUCGAUGGCUCUAAUCCAGGAGCAGCUCGGGAUAAGAAGUACCAUUCUCGCCUCAAACUGCCCCACAUCACUGUGUGUGAGGGCCUGGCAGAGACUCUGGAUCUGUCCUUCGACUCAGUCUGUGUGGCUCAACCCAUUGGCAAACGUCUUUUUAGAGAAUUUUUGGAUGCAAACAAAGAGUACCGUGGUUCUUGUCAUCUGUGGAGAGACAUUGAGGACCAUGAUCUGGCAGAGGACUCUGAACUGGCAAGAAAGGCCUCAAAGAUCAUCCAGCGAUACAUGGACCCCUCUGCCAAAUACUACUGCCCCUUCCUGUCUGAGGACAUCAUCGCUAAAGUGAAGGAAGGCCAAGAGGCUGUGGGGGGUGAUCUGUUUGCUGCUGUUUUGGCCAAGACUUUGGACUUUCUCUGUGAGGCUCCCUACAUUUUCUUCCUGGAGAGCAUGUAUCUGAAGAGGUUCCUGCAGUGGAAGUGGCUGGAGAUGCAGCCCAUGGAUACAGACUGGUUCCAAGACUUCCGUGUGUUAGGGAAAGGUGGGUUUGGCGAGGUUUCUGCCUGUCAGAUGAAAGCCACCGGGAAACUAUAUGCCUGUAAGAAGCUGAACAAGAAGAGGCUGAAGAAGAGGAAAGGUUUCGAGGUAAGAGAGAGAAUUUAUUUUUUGCUGUUUGCCUGCUGCGUGAAACCAGGUUUCUGACAUAAAAAUGCCUUGAUUAGAAAACUUUAAAGCUAAGUUUAGUUUCUGUGAAAUUUUGGGUUCUUGAAAAGUAUUCUACUUCCAUAAAAUUAGUUGGACAGCCCUCGCUCUCCUUUGGUAGAAAGAUUUGAUUGACUUUGGCAUCGUCACUUUCCCUUGCACUUCAGGGAAACGCAAAUCUCUCCUGGAUCCCGUGCAUGCUCUACAUGAUUAAUAAAGAUAUUCUGUCUUCCAGAGACAAUGCCGGCCUGUGAUGGUGCUAAUCAUCUUUGUCCCCUCCUCUGUCUCGUUUGGCUUUAGCCCGCAGUAUUAAACACAGACAGGGAUAGAGUGAUUACAGGGAGCUUUAGUGAAAAGCUCUGCUGAAUGGAACUUCUUGGAGCGGCUAUAUCUCGCCCUUGAAUUGUCUGAGGUCAUCCUUUGUGAUGUUCUUCCUAAGUGGCGUGUGCUCUCCCUCAAGCUGAAAUAAGAAAAGUCUCCAUGAUUUUGACCUCUUUGUCUUUUUUUUCUUUUUUUAAAAGUUGUCUUUCUUGAUUUCCUCCUGUAGGGGGCGAUGGUGGAGAAGAGGAUUCUUGAGAAGGUUCACAGUCGCUUCAUUGUGUCAUUGGCGUACGCCUUCCAGACAAAAGAAGAGCUUUGUCUGGUCAUGACCAUCAUGAACGGAGGAGACCUCAAGUAACCUUUGCUUUCUGAAAACUCUACAUUCUCAAACCUUUAAAAUUCAGCACCCCUAAACUUGGUUGACAAAUUAAUUUCCAAAUAUAAAAAUAACCUUGUGUGGUUCUUUAAAAACUUAUCUUUCAAGUCUAAAUGAAGACUCACAGUCAAUGACAGCACAGUGGUAGUGGCAGAAAUAACGCACAAUAGGCAUACUAAACCCCUCGUAACAUAUUUGAGAGUUGUAUUUGAGAACUACUGUCAGUGAAUGUAAAUUUCACACCUGUAUGUAAGAGAGCAAAAGCUCACCUGUUCACUGUUUUCCUAAAGGUAUCAUAUCUACCUGGUGGAUGAGAACAACCCUGGCUUUGAGGAGCCCAGAGCCUGUUUUUACAUCGCUCAGAUCAUCCAGGGCUUGGAGCAUCUCCACCAGAACAGAAUCAUCUACAGAGACCUCAAACCAGAAAAUGUGCUGCUAGAUAAUGACGGUAAGAAUAUCUCAGUAAAUAAACACAUAAAAAUGCGAGUUUUCAUGAACUGGUGGAUAGCAAACCAAGAGAACUUUUUCUUCUUGCUCAGGUAAUGUGCGUAUAUCUGACCUGGGCCUGGCUGUGGAGCUCAAAGAAGGCAAAACAAAGACUAAAGGAUAUGCUGGGACACCAGGUGGGCUCAGAGUGCACCUACACGUCUAUCAUGCUUUUCAUAUCAAAGGUGUAACAUCAUUACUGAGAUAGAUUUUUUUGACAUAGUUUGACUCUGGUUCUUGCAGGCUACAUGGCUCCAGAGAUGCUGAAAGGGGAGAAAUAUGACACCUCUGUUGACUACUUCACUCUUGGAGUGACACUGUAUGAGUUCAUGGCCGCUAAGAACCCGUUCAGAAACAGAGGAGAAAAGGUUGAGUACCAUUUUUAAACUUUCAGCUUAAAACGACUGACCUGCAAUGAAUGGGAUGACGAGAACCAAGAUGACUUGUCUUUCGUUAAGGUUGAACGUGAGGAGAUGAAAGAGCGUAUGCUGACUCGGCAGGUGAUUUAUCCAGACGGUUUCAGCAAGCACGCAAAGUCUAUCUGUGAGGGGCUGUUGGCUCGAGAGGUGGAUCAGAGGAUGGGUUUCAAGGAUGAAUGCUGUGAUGAGAUCAGAGCUCACCCAUUCUUCAGUGACAUCAACUGGAGGAAACUGAACGCAGGUACAUGUACAUGUAAUACUCUGAUAGAACACUGGCCUAUGUCUGAGUAAAAGUAACCUUGCAUAUUCCUUGUACAUCCUGAAAUUAUCCCACACGAGUACCUGACAAAAUUGCUGUACAAUAGUUAAAUGUAGGGUACCAAAUCAUGGCCAACCAAGUAUGUCUUCAGUCAUUGAUGCUUUGGUGCUCAGCUGUGUAUCGGUGUUUUACUACCAGGUUAGAAAACUGAUUCCUUCAUCUUGAUGUGAUUUUGAUUCCACAUCUCUCCUUUCCAGGUAUUCUACCCCCUCCUUUUGUCCCUGAUCCCAAAGUGGUGUACGCUAAAAGUCUGGAUGACGUCGGGGCUUUCUCCUCCGUGAAAGGAGUUACUCUGGAGGACUCUGAUAAGAACUUUUUUGAUGAGUUUUCCUCAGGUAAUAUCCCCAUCCCCUGGCAGGAGGAGAUGAUUGAUAUGGGCAUUUAUGGAGAGCUCAAUGUUUGGGGUCCCGAAGGAAGUAUCCCCAACGACCUCCGCAGGGAGUCGAUACUUGAGCAGCCAAAGUCGUCAACCUGUUGCAUAUCUUAAAGUUCUUGAAAUGUCUUGAAAAUAUACCAAACUAAUAGUGUACAGACUUUCUGUUCUUUAUAAGAUGGGACAUAAAGAUUUACACUCUCAGGACGGGAAUCAUCUCUAUUGAAGUUUCUGUUCUCAGAGUCGCUCUAAACCCUCUGAUUGUAGAGAGCAGGAACAAAAAACACUGAAUGGAGGUGGACUGUUGACCAGGAGCAGACUUACUAUCUCUUCAUCCUCUCUUUUUAUCUUCUUCUGUUUCAUUUCCUUGUUUCUUUGUUCAGUUAUGUAAUGCUUUUAGACUUGAGAUACAGAAUGAAAUAAAGGUAGGGGUUUAAUUAGAUGGCAUCUCUUUGGUGAGAUAUCAUUUAACUCAUUUCACAUGUACAACAGUCACAUGUUGUACAUGUAAAAUGAUAUUUUUCUUUCGCAUGUAUGUAUGUUCCAAUAGUGUAUGCCAUUUGAUGGAAAGUGUGUUUUUUUUAUAUUUAAAGUUGAAUUUCUCUGAGCCUUUGUGCACUGAUCACCAAUGCUGGUGUCUAAUCAGCAGAUGAAUCUCAAGUAUACUACUAUCAGUACUUGCAUAGUUAUUACAGUAGUCGUUGGACCAUCUGCCAACAACACCAGCCACCCUGUUUUUUUUUUUUUUAAUUUCAGAAAUGUUACAGCUUUAAGGUUCAUCAUUGACUCUUUGCACCGAUGGAACCUUUGUUUAAAAAAGCGAAUUCACCUGAGAUUUCAUAAAACAAAUUUUAAUCAGUGUUUUAACAGCAAAUUUAUUUAUUUAAAAAAAGUUUUCUAGCAAAAGCUGAAAAGAAUUACAGACAUCACCCACUUUUCAAAAACAUACUGGUAAAUAAAAUGGCUAAUGAAAACAGAAA